UUUUAUUUAGUUUUAGUAUUGUAUUAUAUGAUUUUGUGUUUUGGCAGGUCCUGGUGCGAAUGGAGCAAAAACGAGUAAUAUGGAAAUGACCAGCCAGUUGAGUAGAGUAGGAUGCCAGUGACCGAAUUAAAAUCACCACUAUUUUCAGUGAUUGGGCCGAACCCGCUAUCUCUAGCAAUAAAAAGCUGCAUAUAAUAAUUAGAGGGAAUGGGCCAUGGAUUUACUUUUUGGCGGCUGUUAAUCACGUGAAUGAGGAGAGGCCCAAUAUAUAACAUUCAUCGACAGUAGACAUUAUUAAAAUUAAAAGUGAAUAUUAUUUCUUUUAGGGGCAAUUAGGAAGUAACUGCAAUUAUUAAAAAGGCAAACAUUAAUUGGGGCAGGCCCAUUAUUCGUUUCUUUAGGGGCGGCAGCAACAACAAAUCAAAAACUUUGGCAGCAAGCAAAGAAGAAAAUAUAUAUUUUUUGGAGGUGACCUAUUUUGAGGAGGAGCCGACUUUAGGAAGAGAAGCAUCAGACGAACGAGGGCAGGAGAAGAGACGCACGAAUUGGACGAUCACAGAAGGAACGAAGAUACUCAGGGACGAAAAAAGGUCCUGGUGCGAAUGAAGCAAAAACGAGUAAUAUGGAAAUGACCAGCCAGUUGAGUAGAGUAGGAUGCCAGUGACCGAAUUAAAAUCACCGCUAUUUUCAGUGAUUGGGCCGAACCCGCUAUCUCUAGCAAUAAAAAGCUGCAUAUAAUAAUUAGAGGGAAUGGGCCAUGGAUUUACUUUUUGGCGGCUGUUAAUCACGUGAAUGAGGAGAGGCCCAAUAUAUAACAUUCAUCGACAGUAGACAUUAUUAAAAUUAAAAGUGAAUAUUAUUUCUUUUAGGGGCAAUUAGGAAGUAACUGCAAUUAUUAAAAAGGCAAACAUUAAUUGGGGCAGGCCCAUUAUUCGUUUCUUUAGGGGCGGCAGCAACAACAAAUCAAAAACUUUGGCAGCAAGCAAAGAAGAAAAUAUAUAUUUUUUGGAGGUGACCUAUUUUGAGGAGGAGCCGACUUUAGGAAGAGAAGCAUCAGACGAACGAGGGCAGGAGAAGAGACGCACGAAUUGGACGAUCACAGAAGGAACGAAGAUACUCAGGGACGAAAUUUAAAGCUUGUUUUGCGGGAAUCAUCGGCAUCAAGCGGGAAGCUUGGAGAGCAAGGGAUUAACGGGUUUUGCUACUCAGUUUCUCUUAUUUUCUAGUUUCUUUGUUUUUAUUCGAUGAAUUCUUGUUUGAGACCGAGUUUUAUUAUUUUUAAGACCAUGAUUGUCGGCUAAAUUUUAUAAACUACCUAGGUGAUGACAAUAGUUUAAUAAAGUUUGGAUUUUUAUUUGAUUUUUGUUGUGGUUGUGGAUCUUUCUUGUAUUGUAAACGCUAUGGUAUUUUAACUUGGUGCGUAUGCGUGCUUGUGAUUGUUUGAUUAUUGUUUAUUGCUUCAUUCGAUUCUUGGUGACGGUCUUUAUCACAUAAUAGAGUCGGAUUAGGGUUCUUGAUUUAGGUGAGUGUCUAUAUCACGUAAUAGGUCAUUAAUCCUUUAGGGUGAAAACGCGUAAGUAACCUUAGAAACAAUAUUCGGUAAUUUAAUAAAAUCAAGUGUGCUGCUAGACUCGUCGCGGAAAGGCUCGAGGAUAUUAAUAGGUCUCGGUUUAGUUAUAAGGACUUAACAUUCAAUUGUCUAUUAAACCAAGAUUAAACCCAUAGCUGCUUUAGACGUUCGCGCGGCAAAGUAGAGCGUCUUACAUAGGCACUUUCAAGAAACUAGAGGGCGGAAAAGAAAUCUAGAAAGCCGGUGAGCGUAACAGUCUAGGUAGUGCCACAAGAAUCGCCUUGAGAGUGUUUGAGGGGCUUAGUGGUGUCUUAAUAGGUUUAGCAUUUAAAGAUCCCGGUUCCACACCACAAAAUCAUCGAAUAGAAAUCCAUUCUGAGUUUAGCUUGCGUCUAGCCUAGGUAGUUCCUUCAUCAUCCUUGAGUUCAGUCUUCGUUCGAGUUCGCGUUUAGUUUGUCUAUUUAUUUAAUAUUAUUUUUAUAUUUUAUUUAGGACUUUUAGAAACCCCCCCCCCAUCCAAAUAAACAAUUAGUUAGGUCGUGUCAGUCUAAGUCUAGAUAGAGUCAUUAGCGUAAUCAGUAGAGUCUCUUGGGUUCGAUACUCGGACUUCCUUAGGCUAUACUACACCGAUCGGUACACUUGCCGGUUGUGUGGUUUAGGGUUUAGAGAGUCUCAGUUUUAUAAAUUUAAAACUUAGAGAGUCGAGAAUUAGGGUAAUUUAGUUAAUUUUAAUUAACCCAUUUUUAGCACAUCAAGUUUUUGGCGCCGUUGCCGGGGACUCUUGGCGAUUGCGUUGAUUACUUUGUUUGAACUUGCUUGACAUUAUACGUGCUACGUGCUAUUUGUUCGUUUGGUUGAGUCGUAGGAGUCUAGAUUUAUUUGUUUCCUUUUGUUUUAGUUUGUCGAGUCAGUUGUUAGUCUUCUUCCUCUUCAUCUCCACCCAAUUCUUCACCACUCAUUAUGGCGAAUCGCACAGUUUACGAGCAGGCGACCGCUGGUUUCACCGGUGCGAAUUCCCCCAUCACCCUUCCGAACAUCCCGAAUGAUAGGUCUUGGCGGAUUCCUUCCUACAUCAUGACGGCCAUCACCAAUUCAUGCCAGUUUUACGGACGUGACGACGAGGAUGCACCCGCUCACAUCAAUCGCAUCACUCGCCUUUGCAGCACCUUCUCCAUUGAGGGGGUGAACCUCGAUGCUCGAUUUCUUCAGAUCUUUCCAUUCUCACUCGCUGGACGCGCAGCCGUCUGGUUCGAUUCACAGCCAGCGGGCACUUUCACCACUUGGGCAGGUCUUCGCGAUGCUUUCUUAGCCAAGUACUUUCCACCAGCCAAGGCGUCUCGCCUUCGUGAUCAGAUCCACUCCUUCCGCAUGGAGCCUGAUGAGCCGUACCACUUGGCGUGGGAGCGUUUUCAGACGCUUCUUUCCCGUUGUUCGCAGCAUGGUUUGUCUGAUUGGGCGUUAGUUGAAAAAUUCUACAAUGGUCUUACUCCUGAGAUUAGAGCUCGUUUCGAUACUUCAGCAGGAGGGCAACUUAUGGGCAAGAAGACAGUAGCUGAGUGUAACGAUUUGUUUCAAAGUUUUGCCCAUUCUAACAUGGAUUACAGCACUACCAGUAGGAUUUGCAUUCCUGUUCGUACCUCCCCGGCCGGUCGAGGGGUAAACCAAGUUAGCUUGGAUCCAUCGGUAGCUGCUGCUAUGAUCGAGAGAGUUAGAGAGGAGUUGAGGGAAGAGAUUAGGCGAGAGCUGAGUGAGAUUAAGAAGAGAGUUGAUAGGUGUGAGGUCUGUAGGGGAGGUCACGACACGCUCGAUUGUCCCACUCUUACUCUAGAGCAGGUUGAGUUCAUAGCUGGUCAGUCUAGGGGUCAAUUUAGUAAUAAUAAUAAUCUUUUUAACUCCAGCUGGCAGGGUAGUGGUAGUAGUAGUGGAUAUCGCCCUUCUGGCGAUCCCCCUGGUUUUCCAUCGAGUCAGUAUCAAAGUAGGGGGACUGAUUUAUAUCAUAGUGGUCAGUAUAGUGGUUCGAGUAGGCAGUUUGCUAGUGGAGGAACGACUCAGGAGAGUCAAGGCAGUGGAAAGACUCAUGAGGUUAGUACGAACAGGUUGGAGGAGAUGUUCGCCCAGAUGAUGACGCAGACUCAGGCGUUCAUGAAAAAUCAGGAGCAGACGAAUAGAAACCACGAACUUCGGCUUAAAAAUCAAGAGUCUACUCUUUUAGAUCUUCAGAGGUCAGUAGGGGAUAUAGCUAGGCAGUUGAGAGAGUCCCCCUCUGGUCAGUUUUCAGGUACCACUCACCCGGUUAACCAUUCUGUGAAAGCCAUCACUACUCGUAGUGGGAUGAGUUUAGGAGAAGUCGCGAGAGAGAGUGUUAAGUUAGAGAGUGACGCUGAGGUAGAUGAGGAGAUAGAGAUGGAGGCCCCAGGUAAGGUGCAACAUAGACUAGACCCAGCAAGUACCGCACAUACCGAGGAGCCUCAGGUUGAGAAGAAAUUAGAGAAGCAGCCGGUUAGGGCUAGGCCACCGCCAGUGAUUGAUUAUUCCCGUCUUCCGUUUCCCGCCCGUGCUAGGCAGCAGUUAUAUUCUAGGGAAUACGAGAAAUUUCUUGAGAUGUUCACCCAGCUGAAGGUGAAUCUUCCGUUCAUAGAGGCUUUGAGAUCCAUGCCAAAAUACGCCAAGUUCCUUAAGGAUUUUCUCAAGCGUAAGGAUAGGAUAGAGUGUUCUAGUACUCCAUUGAAUGGAGAUUGUUCUGCAGUGAUCUUGACUAAACUUCCUGAGAAACUCACUGAUCCGGGCAUAUUCACGAUCCCGUGUUUGUUUGGUGGUGAUGUUCAAAACCACGCGUUGGCAGACCUUGGUGCUAGUAUUAAUUUGAUGCCAUAUUCAUUUUACGAAAAACUAGGCCUUGGUGAUUUGAAGCCAACUCGUAUGACCCUCUCGUUAGCGGAUAAGUCAGUUAAGUAUCCUCGUGGGAUAGUGGAGAAUUUGUUACUGAAGGUGGACAGGUUUGUCUUUCCAGCGGAUUUUGUAGUGCUAGAUAUGGAGGCUGAUGAAAAAGUGCCGUUGAUUUUAGGGCGCCCGUUCUUGAACACCGCUAAAGCGCUUAUAGAUGUCUUCUUAGGCACAAUUACACUUAGAGCGGGCGACGAAUCGGUAGUUUUCGAGGUGAAUCAUGCGAGAGGGUCGAGUGAGGGAGUUGAGGCGAUCGCUUCAGUGAAGGAGAAUGAGAAGGUUGAGAGUGAUGAGAAAGAGGUGGUGACUGAGCCGAGUCUAGAAAAGGUGUUAAAACCCAAGUGUGGGGAUCCACCUGAUAGGAGAGUAGAGGAGAUAGAGGAGAGGUUAUUGAGGUUAGAAUCUAGGAUAGAGACACUAAGCAGGGCUCAGUGUGGGGAUAGAUUUAGAUAUGAAAUAUCUAGAUUUAAAUCGCCCGAUGACGAGUUAAGAGAUUGUGAGAGAUAUGAGGGAGUUUGGAGAGAUACGGGCAAUGAUAGGAGUGAUAGUGCUGCAGCCCGUAAGAGUUGGUAUGGAGGUGAGCUGCGCUUAUAUGAUCCUCCAUGAAGUACGUGAACAAUUGUGCAUCAUUUGUAGAGUUUGUAUAUUGAGUCUUUUAUUGUGUACCAUGAGUCUAAUUUAGUAAUAUUGAGUCAGUCGUUUGUGUCGAGUCGGUAUUGCUUUGGAAUUGCUUGUUUUUGUUUAUGCAGGUUUGAAUAUGUACCACCCGUACUCAAUCUCCAUUCGGGUGAUUUUGGAGCUGCUUAUCAGAGAUCAGGCAUUUAUCAAGUAUACCAGUUAGAGUCAAGCCGAUCGCGAAUGAAAUGCUAUACGAUCGAGCUGGAUUGGACGAGAGUUUUGGAGCAUCCGCGUGAAUUAAACCAGCUAAGUCCUUUCCAUUUAUGCCCUUUGUUUUUUUUAUUUCUUAUUUAUUUUUAGUUUUUGAGUCGGUUUCCAUCUUACAUUGAGGGCAAUGUAGAGUUUAAGUGUGGGGAUGGGAACUAUCGUUUAGUGUCUAGUUAGUAGUGUCUUGAGUCAUAAAAAAUCGAAAAAUACAAAAAAAUUAAAAAGUUCAAAAAUCCAAAAAAAAAAAA